AUGAUCACUAUCGCAAAAAUUUUAAUAGCGAAUAAUAGUAUAGUAGCUGUUAAAGAGAUUAGAUCUAUUAGAAAAUGGUCUUAUGAAACCUUUGCUGAACGUACUGGUGUUCAUGCUGUUUGGGCUGGCUGGGAACAUGUAUCUAAGAAUCCCAAAUUACGUGUAUCAUUAGCGCAGAGUGAACAUAAGAUGGUUUUCAUUAGUCCUCUUAAUUCAGCAAUGUGUUCAUUAGGUGAUAAAAUAUCAUCUAUGAUCGUUGCUCAAUCCGCAAAUUUUCCUACAAUGGAUUGGAGUGAGGCGUGCAUCAAGGACGUUGAUGAUGGGUUAAAUAAAGCAAAUGUCCUAUCAGGAUCAAAGCUUCAGAGGGUGGAAGAGAAAAAGGAAUUAGAAAAGUGGAAAAUCCAGAUAAUUUUAAGCAACCAUUUGCUCAAGUUCAAGCAAG